AGUAUUAGUAAACCCGGGACCCUGCAUUCACUAUAUCUGGUCUCCCCGGAUCCUGCAUUCACUAUAUCUGGUCUCCCCGGACCCUGCAUUCACUAUAUCUGGUCUCCCCCCCGGAUCCUGCAUUCACUAUAUCUGGUUUCCCUAGACCCUGCAUUCACUAUAUCUGGUCUCCCCGGACCCUGCAUUCACUAUAUCUGGUCUCCCCGGACCCUGCAUUCACUAUAUCUGGUCUCCCCGGACCCUGCAUUCACUAUAUCUGGUCUC